AUGCUCGCAGGUAUUGCCGGGCUGGUGGUAGCUGCACUUAGUGCGUGGCUGGUCUGGUAUGUUUUAGUCCUGCAGAAAGUAGCAUCUUCCAGUCUGCCGUGGGGUCCAAAGUGGCUAGCAGUGGCAGUAUCGGGUGCCAUAUUCCGCUUCGGGAAAUGGUACCUCAGAUAUUCCGACAAUUUGGCCGAGCAUGCUGCGGCUGGCUAUUGGAAAGAUGGCCAGCAGUAUGUGAUGGUUUGGCAUCCUCAUGGAGCCUUUGCCAUUGCAGCACUUUGCUUCACAUCACACUACUGGGCCGACGACUUUCCCACCGGCCGACGUGGUGCACAGUUUGUGUGCGUGGCGUCGUUGCUGCUGCGAGUUCCGUUCCUGGCUGACUAUCUUCUUCUUUGCCAUGCCCGUUCACAAGAUCGCAAGACCUUUAGCAAUUUGCUGCAAGCGGGAGCGACCGUGGCCGUCCAACCGGGGGGUCUCCAUGAGCAGGUCGAAACUGAUGAUAAGAAGGAGAGACUUUACUUCCCUGCAAAUCUGGGAUUCAUCAGGUUGGCCAUCCAACAUGGAGUGCCACUUCUUCCGGUGUAUAGCUUUGGCGAGAACCAACUCUUCAGGACAGCCGAAUGGGUGAGAAAAAUCAAUCGAUUCUUCUACAAGAACUUCAAGAUUGGCAAUCUCAUCAUGUUUGGUCAUGGUGGAAUCCCAACUUCUCCGUUGCUUCCAACUCCACUGAUGAUGCCGGUGCCUGGUCGCCGCUUGCACAUUCAAUUUGGUAAACCCGUGGAUGUUGGCCCAAAAGAAGAGAAUCCCAGUGAAGAGAGAGUGUUGGAGGUCUUUAAGCGAUACUCGGCAGCUCUUCAAGAAAUCUUCAAGGAGUGUCGUGGAGCAUGGACUAGAGAUCCACCUGCGAUCCAAGAGCUGAGGGGAGGCACUGGCACUCCGACUUUCCCACUCUCAAUUCGAGCUCUGCGCUUUCUGCUUCGACAGGAUCGAGGGUCAGCGCUAUUUCGGGCAAGGUGUGGACGGGGCACGGUGCGAGAAACCAGCAGCUUGCGUCCUGUGCCAGUCCCUGUCAGAGGUGGCAAUCCCCCUUCUGUGACGCAGUCUCCCAAGAAGGGCGGCUACAAGAGCCCCAGCUCUUCCCCCGGUGCCUUUGGAGGGCCGAAGACAACCCUCGCAGAUCUGGAGGAGCUCAGAUUUCGCCUGCAUCAGAUGAAGAAAGACACUCGCUCCAUCAAGGGAAUGGAGGCAGCCCUCAGAUGGGACAUAGCAAGGGAAGAGGAGAAAGCUAAGCAGGCUGAGCAAAGAAAGGACAUGCUCGACCACAUGCAGGCUAAGGCAGAACUGGAGCACGGAUUGCAGCAGACGUUUGAUGAGGCCCUACAUGUCACGCUGCUCCAGGAGAUUAAUGAUCGCAAGAACUAUCAGGAGUUCAAGCGUGGCAUUCGGAAGGCUGAUAAGCAGGCAGCCUUGCAGAAGAUGACCCAGAACUAUCUGGAGCAGAAGGAGUACUCGGAAUGGAUGGUUCAAGACAAGAAGAACAAGAUCGCUGAAGAGCAAAGGAUGAUCCUCGAGGCUCACCUCGAGCAAAACAACUUCAUUUCAGAGUUCAAGGCAGAGGAACGCCUUCGCCAAGAGACUGAAGACCGUGAGGACCGUAUUGAUGCAGAGCACAAGGACCUGCAACUCGCGUUCUUCAAGGCGAAUAUGGAGAAGGACCAGGCGAUCGAUGCUCUCGAGUAUGCUCGUGCCUGCCAAAGGGUGCCAGUGCCGGCUGACGUGUAUCGCUGGCUAGAUUUCUUGUGCUAUGAGGUGGAAACGGGAGAGAAGCACUUGACCAGAUCUGCCAGUGAGGCAAGGCAUGCAGAGGAAAUCGGAGCCUCACAUUCGCCAGGCUACCAGCUGAGCAGAAAAAGUAUUCGACUCCCUUCCAAUCUGCAGCAGCACAUCAAGCCCCCAUCAGAGGAGGGCCUGGCCGACCUGGACCAUGCACCAGCAAACAGUCACGGUCAAGGCUCACAUCCCUUGAGCAGCGAUCGCCGGCCAGUGGGAGUGGUGCCCAGUGCAGUGCCCAGCCCAAUGACGGAGGAUAUGCCUGUGGCAAUUCUCGCUGGACGCCGGUCGUCGCAUGGUGAGAAAUUUCCUGGUGAGAAAUUUCCGGAUCGCACACAUAGCAAUGGUGGCCAGGAACAUCGAGGGCGGAGGAGGAGUGCGGUUGAUCGCGCAAACAGAGACAGUGAAACUUUGAACAGUUUCACAGAAAAGGGUGGCUUCGCACAGGCAGUGACCACCUUGGAGGAUGCUGCCAUGAACUCACAAAACUUCAAGACUAUGCUGCAGCCUCACGAGUGCUGGCAGAAGAUCAAGACGAACUCCCGGCAUAUUCACACUGUGCGGACAGCCACGGCCAGCAAAACCACAGGAGGAGUUCUCGCGAACAAUUCUGUGGCUUGGCUGCGCGGCAGGAUGGUUUGGACUUCAGUCUCCACCCAGAAAAAAGCAGCUUUGUGA